AUGAAGUUUUUCCUGCUGACCACUUUUCUGGCCGCCUUGGUGGGCGUUUCCCAGGUUCAGGCUGGCUGUGAUGAGACCUUCAAGAAGGCCUUCCUUCAGCGACACAAUCAGCUGCGAGCGAAGCACGGCUCACCGGCGCUGGCCCUCGACAAUGAAAUUAACAACUGGGCACAGCAGUGGGCGGAUGAGCUGGCGAAGACAGACACCUUCAAGCACCGCCAGCCAAACAAGUACGGCGAGAACCUGUACAUGAGCUGGUCGUCGAAUAAGAACGCCCCACUGCCGGACGGCAGCGUGCCCGUACAGUCGUGGUACGACGAGAUCAAGGACUACCGGAAGGACUACUAUGGCCACGAACCGGAUAUGGGCACCUUCGCCAAGUGGGGCCACUUUACGCAGGUGGUGUGGAAGGGAAGCGCCAAA